AUGUUGGGGAUGUUUUUACAAAGCCACAAACAGCUCCCGCUGCCUUCAAACGCUCUGUCCGGGCAUCAACUGGUCUAUAAAACCCUCAUCUACACCAUGAUGGUUCUUAGAGACCAAUCACCACUACAGGUGCUACACCUGGACCCAGUUUCCAAAGCCACAUCCCUGCUCCUUGUGGGGCUUAUGGCCAGACAGCUGGGGCUCAGGGUGGGACUGCAGGUGGUUCAGACAGUGACUUGUUCUCAGUGGGGUACACUGAGUGACCAGGGUCUGUUCCAGGAUGGAGACGUAGUUAUUGGUGGGCUCUUCAGUCUUUAUUAUAAACCUCCAGCUAUAGACCACGACUUCACUCAGGUGCCGCACUACAAACCUUGUACUGGUUUGGAAAAUCUUCCGUUGCAGUACAUUUAUGCCAUGGUGUUUGCACUGGAAGAAAUCAACCACAGUGCAAAGCUGCUACCAGGUGUGAAGCUGGGCUACCAUAUUCACGAUAGCUGUGCCAUACCCCUUUGGGCUUUGCAGGCAGCACUGUCACUGGUCGGAGGAAACAGCACCAGCUGCAAUUCAACAGCGUUGCCAGACUAUUCUGCUGGGUAUGGAGAGGAAACCGGAGAACGGAGAGGUGGUCGGCCCCUUCCUUUGAUUAUUGGAGGUGACUCAUCUAUAACAGCCCAGAUACUCUCCAGACUCCUGGGGCCACUCUCUAUGAGCUACACAGCUAGCUGCCCAUGUCUAAGUGACAGACGCCAAUUUCCCAACUUCUUCAGAACCAUGCCCAGUGAUAUCUACCAAGCCCGUGCCAUUGCCCAGCUUGCUAUACGCUUCAACUGGACCUGGAUCGGAGCAGUGGUUGCAAACAAUGAUUAUGGCCUGACAGCAGUAAAGAUAUUUCAGCAGGAGACUGAGGGAGCAGGGGUGUGUCUGGCAUUUGUAGAGACUCUCCGGAGGGAAAACAUUGUGACUGAUGCCAGACGAGCAGCACUUGCAAUUCAGGCCUCAACUGCAAGGGUGAUUCUGAUCUUUACCUGGUAUACGGAUGUGAGGGAGCUGUUUCUGCAACUAACCAAGAUAAAUGUGACUGACAGGCAGUUUCUGGCCAGUGAAGCUUGGAGCACCAGUGGUGAUCUCCUCCAAAACCCCUCCACUUCUAAAGUGGCAAGCGGUGUUCUGGGUGUGGCCAUUAGAAGUUCAGCUAUACCCGGAUUUGAAAAUUAUCUCAGAAAUCUGAACCCAUCCCGUCGUCCUGAUGAUAAGUUCUUGAGAGAAUUUUGGGAAAAAAUGUUUGGUUGCAGUCCUGGGGCAAAUGGGAGGGCAAAUGGGUUGCUUCAAAAGGCUUCUCUACCUCUCUGUAAUGGCUCAGAGUCCCUGGAGGGAGUGCAGAAUCUCUUUACUGACACCUCCCAGCUGAGGGUGACAUAUAAUGUCUACCUUGCUGUUUAUGCUGCAGCCCACGCCCUUCACAGCCUUCUCUCCUGCCCCAACCUUAACAGCCCACCUGGAAACAACAGCUCCACCUGCUCCUCUCCAAACCAUAUCAAACCCAUAGAGGUAUUGCAGCGCUUGAACAAUGUGAACUUCAUCUCACCACAAGGUGAAAUAUUUUAUUUCCAAGGGGCGGACAUUCCAGCAAAGUACGACCUUGUCAACUGGCAGAAUACCCCUACGGGGCAACUUAAACUUGUUCUGAUUGGUCGUGUGGACGGAUUUGACAUCCACCUUAAUGAGUCAGCUAUUCAGUGGAGCACAGGAUCCAAUCAGGUUCCUUUUUCAGUGUGCAGUGAGAGCUGCCGCCCAGGCACCCGGAUGGCAACCAGGAGAGGGGAACCUGUCUGCUGCUUUGACUGUAUCCCAUGUGCUGAGGGGGAGAUCAGCAAUAAAACUGGUUCUCCCCACUGUGACCGUUGCCCGCCUGAGUUCUGGUCCAAUGCUGCACGAACUGCCUGCAUCCCUCGCCAGCUGGACUUCCUUUCCUUCAAUGAGACCUUGGGCAUUACCCUGACUACAGUUGCUAUAUCUGGUGCUACAGUGACAACAGCUGUGUUUGUGGUGUUUCUUUGCUACCGUCAAACACCUGUGGUACGAGCCAACAACUCAGAGCUGAGCUUUCUGCUUCUGCUGUCGCUGAAGCUCUGCUUCCUGUGCUCUCUGGUGUUCAUUGGUCGCCCAUCCGUCUGGUCUUGUCGGUUCCAGCAGGCGGCUUUUGGGAUCAGCUUUGUACUUUGCGUUUCCUGCCUCCAAGUCAAAACCAUAGUGGUUCUUGCAGCGUUUCGCUCAGCUCGGCCUGGUGCCGAAGCCUUGAUGAAGUGGUUUGGUCCAGGGCAACAGAGAGGAAGUGUCUGCCUCUUCACCUGUAUACAGGUUGUCAUCUGUAUCAUUUGGCUAUCACUUGGACCCCCUGUGCCUCAACCUGACUUUGAUGUCCCGGGGUUAAAGGUCACCCUGAAGUGUGCCAUGGCUUCUGUGGUGGGCUUCUCUCUGGUUCUGGGCUACAUCGGCCUGUUGGCCUGCACCAGUCUCCUCUUGGCCUUUCUUGCUCGGAAACUUCCUGACAACUUCAACGAGGCCAAGCUGAUCACCUUCAGCAUGCUGAUCUUCUGUGCUGUGUGGGUGGCCUUUGUUCCUGCUUAUGUGAGCUCUCCUGGAAAAUAUUCUGUUGCUGUGGAGAUUUUUGCAAUUCUCGCCUCUAGCUAUGGUUUACUGUUCUGUAUCUUUGCUCCAAAGUGUUUCAUCAUUCUUUUAAGGCCUGAGAAAAAUACUAAGAAACACCUGAUGGCCAGGUAG